AUGUACACUUUUGAUCUAUCUUGUGAGGAAAAUGUUACAGUAAUAUGCUUGUAUUCGGGAAAGUAUUACGUAAAGGCGAUCAAUUACAGUGACUGGACAAUCCGAGUUGUUGAUGCUGGUGUUCAGAAGAAAGACAACUACUUCUCCAACCCACGUUACUCUUUAACCUCCUUCAACCUUAGUGAUGGAGAUCCUUUUGCCCAUGAUCUUUGGUACUCUAAUACUGAACGCGGAGUGCAUAGUCUAGCAAUACGUGAAGUGCCUAUAAUUUUUAUCAGCUGUGCAAAUCCAAUGCAUUCUCCUCGCCUUGUUGAUACAGCUCCAUGCAUCAACAAUUCUGCCAAUUCUUCUUUGUCCAGUACUUUAAGAAUAUUUUCUUAUGUCAUGAUUGGCUUGAAUGGCUCCAUAAUAAGUCCAUUCGAUUUGGGGGAGUCCUGCAAAAUAACACAAAUGGUUGUGGUGUCACCUUCAACAUCUACAGAUCUGCACCAGAACUUGUCCUGUGAAGGUAUAUAUAAUGAAAUAGCGAGCGGCUUUGAGCUCUCAUGGUUUAACGCUUCAUGUUACUUGAAAUGUGGAAUGUAUAAGAAGAACUGCAUGCUCGACGACGUGAGUAAAACCAAGUGCCCUUCAAUAACCAAAGCAAUUGUAUUCUAUACGGAUAUCUAUGCGCUCACCAACAAGUGCUACAAGUCAAUCCCCCCUUUAUCUGUUGCCAUUAUACUGUGUAAUCUCUUACCCAGGAGGCACUUGUCAAUGCAUGACAAUAUAGAAGACUUUUUGCAGAACAAUAAGCUCAUGCCAGUAAGGUACUCUUACUCAAACAUAAAAAAGAUGGCCAAAGGUUUCAAGGAAAAAUUGGGUGAAGGAGGCUAUGGCUCUGUAUACAAGGCAAAGCUUCGUAGCGGUCGCCUUGUAGCCAUCAAGAUGUUGGGUAAGUCCAAAGCUAAUGGGCAAGACUUCAUCAAUGAGAGUGAGGUGCGUGCGAGUCAGGCGAUGAAGAAGAGGCGCCGCUGA